AUGUCGCUGCACCUGGGCGCGUGGGGCGGCCCGCUGAGCCUCACCGAGGUGGAGGAGAAGCCGGCGAAGCCCCUGGAGGUCCGCUACGGGGGGCUGGAGAUCGACGAGCUGGGCAAAGUGCUGACGCCCACCCAGGUUAAGAAUCGCCCAACGGCCAUUGAGUGGGAUGACUGCAACCCAGAGAAGCUUUACACCUUGGUUCUCACUGACCCUGAUGCCCCUAGCAGGAAAAACCCCAAGUUCAGGGAGUGGCACCAUUUCCUGGUGACCAACAUGAAGGGCAAUGAUAUCAGCAGCGGGUGCGUCCUGUCUGACUACGUUGGCUCUGGGCCUCCCAAAGGAACAGGGCUGCAUCGCUACGUUUGGCUGGUCUACGAGCAGCCGCAACAGCUGAACUGCAACGAACCCAUCCUCAGCAACUGCUCCGGCGAUAAGCGUGGCAAUUUCCACGUGGCGGCGUUCCGCAAGAAGUACAAGCUGGGUCCCCCCGUGGCUGGCACGUGCUACCAGGCCGAGUGGGACGACUACGUGCCAAAGCUCUACGAGCAGCUCUCCGGGAAGUAGAGCAGCCUUGUUUUCCUGCCCUCUCCCCCUGUCCUGUAGUAUAUAAUGAGAUGCAC